GGACUACGCCCGCUGCGUCUGGCCGCAGCACGUGCGAGAGCACCCGCGGCGGCGCGAGGGGCAACCCCCGCAACCCCCGCACUCCCCGCAGCAGCAGCAGCAGCAGCAGCAGCAGCAGCAGCAGCAGCAGCAGCACGACCAAGAAGGCCGGGAGCGCAGUUCUGCGCACCCGCCGGGUCCGCCGCCGGGGCGGCAGCAGGGGCUGGCGUCAGGCGGCCACGGCAGCUGUGCGGUGGCGGCGUGGUUCGACUGGUUGAACGACACCCCCACCGCGGCUGCCUGGCAGGCUGCUUGCCUCGCUGCUGCUGGUGCGGUUGAUAGUGGCAGUGGCAGCGGCAGUAAUGGCAGUAGUGACAGCAGUGGGAGGGGGAGUGGCAGCAGCAGCAGUGGCAGCGAGGGUGAACCGCGGGAGCUGGGGACCGAUGAGCACAUGCGGAGGAGGAGGAGCGGGAGGCGGAGGGGUGCAGCUCCGCCAGUAGCGGUACCCGCAACGCCGUCUCAGCAACCAGCAGCAACCAUCAACCCUUGCGAACAACAUGUACCAUCUUCACUCUCAUCCCUAGCAGCAUGUGGAGGUGGUGGUGGCGGCAGCGGCGGUGGCAGGGAUGGCAACAGCAACAACAGCGGUGGUGGUGGUGAUCCCUGCAUGGCGGACGGUGACGUCGACCUGCUCAGCUUCUCCCACUUCCUGCCGCUGCAGGAGCUGCUGCCGGAGAAGCGAUACCUCACCUUCCCCAACCUGGCCAAGGCCGUGGGCUCCACCUACCUGGGUGAGCGGCUGCAGCGGCUGCGACCGCAGCUGCACAUCUUCGGGCACUCGCACUUCGCAUGGGACGCAGAGCACGAGGGCAUCCGCUACAUGCAGGCGCCGCUCGCCUACCCCUCAGAGCGCCGCUUCAGGCUGCGAUCUCUCCUCAUGACAGCAGCAGCCGCUGAACCCGCCACCGCUGCUACUACAACUGCUGCAACUGCUGCUGCUGUAGAGGAGGAACGCGCCGACCGAGCGCCUUUAAACCCGCCCCAGUCGACAUCAACGACGGCGACCGCAUCCGGGACGACCCAUGGGUCAGAUGCCGGCGCUGCUGCCCAUUCACACCACCAGCACCACCACCACCGUGGUGCCCACAAUGAGCAGCAAGAUGAGCCUCACCUCCGCGAACAACCCGAGCAGCACCCGCAGCACCAGCAUCCGAGCCAACCACAGCAGCAGCAGCAGCAGCAGCAGCAGCAGCAGCACCCACAGCCACACCCACCGCCACAGCAGCAGCAGCAUGAGCCCCGGGGGCUGUCUCAGGGACACGGCCCGGGACUGUCGGCCCCCUGGCCCUGCAACUCCCAGCCAGGGGAUGCCGGCUGGUUGCCGCUGUGCGUGUAUCGAGCCGAGUAUAAACUCAGGGUGAGGCGCAAACCGACUGACAGCAGCGGCAGCAGCGGCAGCAGCGGCAGCAGCGGCAGCAGCGAUAGUGGUGGC